AUGAUAGGCAAAUCUUCCCUCCCCGAGCUCGUCUUCGGCUGCGCCGCCAUGGGAGAUCCCAGCCAUCCCCAGGCCAAAUUCAACAGACCCGAAAACACCCUCCCUCUGUUCGAGUUACUUCGGGCCCGCGGCGUCGCUCAUCUCGACACGGCGCGUGCUUACCCGGUCGGCGCCCCAGGUACGUCCGAGGCCCUCCUGGGCUCCCUCCGCGCAGGCGACUGGGCCACCAUCGACACUAAAGUCGUCUCCUGGCGGCCCGGUACGCACACCGCAGAGAUGAUCGCCGCAAGCAUUCCGUUGUCUCUGGACGCGCUGCACCUCGACAAGGUGAACAUCAUGUACCUGCACGCGCCGGACCGCGCGACCCCCUUCGCGGAGACCCUGCGGGCGAUGGACGAAGCCCACCGGGCGGGCAAAUUUUCCGAGCUAGGGGUCAGCAACUACACGGCAGAGGAAGUGGAGCAGAUGAUCGAGAUCUGUGAGCGCGAAGGGUACAUUAAGCCGACAGUGUAUCAGGGGCGGUAUAAUGCGUUGAUUCGCUCCGGGGAGCAGGGGCUCUUUCCCACAUUGAGGAAGCAUGGCAUUCGCUUCUAUGCAUAUAGUCCCUCGGCCGCGGGUCUCUUCACCGGCAAGGCCUCCAAGAACGUGUCGCAGAACGCGCUAGCUGGAUCCCGAUUCGACGGAACGACCCCGCUGGGCAAAGUCUACCAGGAGGACUACUUCAAGGACGAACUCUUUGAGGCUGCUGAUCGCCUGCGAGCGGCCGCAGAACGGGAGAACCUGACGGCUCAUGCGGCCGCGCUACGCUGGGUGAUGCACCAUUCGGCCUUGGACGGGCGGCAUGGCGACGCUAUCAUUAUUGGAGCGUCGAGCUUAGCUCAAGUAGAGCAGAACCUAGACAUUCUCGAGGCGGGUCCCUUGUCCCAGACGCUGCUGCAGGAGCUGGGGGAGAUCUGGCAGAUUGCCAAGGACUCGGCGCCUGUUUAUCAUCGGUGA